UCGUUGCGUCAGUCGACGCUGCGUGGCGGGAGCGCGCACGUCGCUGUCACUCAGAGCUGGUUGUAGGAAAUGCGGACACGGCGAGAUGUCAGCAGGGCCGUGUUUAUCUCUUCCAGCGAUGCUGCCCGGUUCACACUUCAGGGAGGUUUCCUGACUUUUUAAACCGCACCGCACAAGUGUACUCAAUGCCAGCAGUGCCACGGAUCUGUUCUCGCGCGGAUAAGUGGGCACGCAGUGCGGAGCGGCAGUGUUUAGCUAACACCGUUAGCCCAGCGGCACACUCAGACCCCCAGCCCCAGCACUUUCGGGUUCAUCUUUAGGACUUUUCCAUCGGCCCAGCGGCCUGCCUCGCUCCCGCCUUUACACUCGUCCAGCGGCGGCGGGGGGGUCACGGUAACCGGAGCAGACAGGAGCCCCCCCGGGACAGACGGACAGACAGACAGCUGCGGCUGUAUCAGUGAGGAGCAGCAAUGGCUGAAAUCACCGCCCUCACUCCCUCCCCUCCCAGUAUGGCUGACCAAUCAGUGCCUGCUUCCUCCAGCCCACAGCCUCUCCCCUUAGAAACUCCCAUCCCAAAAUCAUCUCUCUACGGGGACCGAGCCGUGAUGGGAAACCCAACAUUACAGACGGGCGGGAAAAAGCCCUCUUCUUGGGAAAGCACACCUGGCCAAAACAGUGCCGCUCUGUCUUCAACAGCAGCAGAGAGCGCCGCUGGUGCACCGGUAGAGCUACCAGCUGCUUCAGAUGGAGAGACUAAUGGGAAAAAUGAUUUAGUUGGCCAAACAGAGCGGCACACUGAAGCACAGGAGCAACAGAUGUUGCCGUCGCCUGAACUUAAUCCCAGUCCUAAUCUCUAUCCCAACGUUCAAGUUAACCAGACUUCCAGUCCUGCUCCCUCUGUGGGCAUUCCUCCUCAGUUCACACCUCCUGUUCCUGUCUCCAACCCCGCCCCCUCUUCACAAGACUCCAGGCAAACAGUGGCAUUGCCUGGAGAGAACCUCGAACCCAACACUCCCAGCACCACCAAGAUGACCCCUGAGCCCCCAGCCGUGCUGGUGCAGGAGUCCAGUGGGUCCUGGGUUCUGCCCUCCGCUUACUCGCGACCAGCCCCGGACACGCUCAGCUAUCUGGAGUCGGCCAGCCUAAUGUCUGGCACACUGGAGUCUCUGUCGGGCCUCGGUGAGGACGGCAGCUCGGUGGGGUCAGACUCGGAGAUCAACGGUCCAUUGAGGCGUACUGAUAAAUACGGCUUCCUGGGAGGAGCGCAGUAUAGUGAGGGCAGUGAGGCGGACAUCGCUGUGGCCGUGGCGAGGCAGAGAGAGAUGAAAUGGUUGGACAUGUUCAGAAACUGGGACAAAUGGGUAUCUCGACGCUUUCAAAAGGUGAAAAUGCGCUGCAGGAAAGGAAUCCCCUCCUCACUGAGGGCUAAAGCCUGGCAGCUGCUCUCCAACAGCCAGGAGCUCCUCGAGUCCAAUCCCGGAAAGUUUGAUGAGUUGGAGCAAGAGCAGGGAGAUCCGAAGUGGUUGGACAUCAUAGAGAAGGACUUGCACAGGCAGUUCCCAUUCCACGAGAUGUUUGCUGCUCGGGGAGGACAUGGGCAGCAGGACCUGUACCGUAUACUGAAGGCCUACACAAUCUAUCGGCCAGAUGAGGGCUACUGUCAGGCUCAGGCACCAGUGGCAGCAGUGCUGCUCAUGCACAUGCCUGCUGAGCAAGCCUUCUGGUGUCUGGUGCAAAUCUGUGAGAAAUACUUGCCUGGCUAUUACAGCGCUGGGCUGGAAGCUAUCCAGCUGGACGGAGAGAUUUUUUUCUCUCUUCUGAGGAGAGUUUGUCCCAUGGCUUACCGUCACCUGAAGAAAUUUAAGAUCGACCCCAUCUUGUACAUGACAGAGUGGUUUAUGUGCAUUUUCUCCCGUACCCUGCCUUGGUCUUGUGUCCUGCGUGUCUGGGACAUGUUCUUCUGUGAAGGAGUGAAGAUUGUGUUCAGGGUGGGUCUGGUGCUCCUCAAGCAGAUGUUGGGGUCUGUGGAUAAGCUCCGUGAGCUGCAGGGCAUGUAUGAGACCAUGGAGCAACUGAGAAACAUUCCUCCUGAAAAUAUCAGGGAGGAAGUUCUGGUGCAAGAGGUGGUCUCUCUGUCUGUGACGGAGGCCCUCAUCGAGAGGGAGUGCGGUAUUCAGGUGCGUAAGUGGCGGGAAUCUCGUGGAGUGUUGACUCACCAACCGGGUCGGCGUUUGCACGGCACAAGGGCCAUCUUUGAGCAGAAACACCGGGCUGCUGCGAUCAGCUCUGGCGGCAGCCUGUCUUUCCUGGGCAGUCACAUCCCUCCCCCUGGACCCUUACGUGUGUCAUCAAGCCUCCUGUCACUUCCUGGCCUUAGAAAGUCCAAGACUCCGAUUCCACCACAUAAUAAGAAGGGCUCCAUUUCUGGCAGCUUUGGUCAGGAUAUCGUCCCACUGCAGCCCCUUGGGGGCGGCACCAGUGCAGUGGCCUCAAAACCUCCUGUGCCAUCUGCCUCUAAUGCUGGAGCCGGUGGACGUCCCCCAGCGCCGCAUGGGCCCAGUCCACUAGCUACAACAUCAUCUACUACCACGCCACCGGCUCCAACUGCACACGCAUCCAACGCGCAGAUGCUCCAGCCGUCGCCUAAAGUCGUCUCUGAACACACCACCCCCACAAUCCCAUCGCCCACCGCAAACAACGCCCCAUUACCACCUUGCCCGGAAACCACAAAAACGGCAGUGGAGGAGGAAGAUGGAAAAAAGAAAAAGAAAACCAAGGACGACAAGAAACGAGAGAAAGAGGAGGAGAAGCAAAAAUCACGGGAGAAGAAAGAGAAGGAGAAAGCAGAGAAAGAACGGCUGAAGAAGGAGAAGGAGAAAGCAGAGAAAGAGAAGAAAAAGGAGAAGGGGGGAAAGAAAAAAGACAAAGGGGGAGGAGGAGAGACUGAGGAGAAGAACGGAGCUGCAGCAGCAAAAGAUUUGGCCUAAUUCCUGCCCUGUCAUUCCUUUAGCAAGAAUAAAAGCAUGAGAAUAGUGGAAAAAAGAGGACAAGGCUAAUGACUGGUGAAAAGAGAGAGAGAGAGAGAGCGAGGGAGAGCGAAUCGCCUGGAAUGUCCAUUUCAUCUCAAGUACUGAUUUCACAAGGAUAACUGGAUCACUGCAUCUGCCCCACGACUCUCAUCAUCUCGUCUGCAAUGUGCUUUCACUCAAUGCCGAAACAGGAAGCAGUUAUUACUCGGCCUUUUGUUUUUGUGUUUUUUAAGAUGGAUAUCUGAUUGAUGAGAUCAGCUAUAUAAUUAGUAGUCAAUUCUAGUAUACUGGGUGCCAUGGUGUACAUAGACCUCUAGUGCCACCUGUGCCAGUCCGGCCCCACAAUCCCCCUCUGUCCAUCACCCGAGAGCGGUCUCAACCAGAAUUCCUGAAUAAAACUGUUCUGUGAUGAGGAAA